AUGUCAACGGCAACGGGCCCCAUAUCCACGGCCCCGACGCCUUCUGGAUCAACCGAAGUGUCCAAUACCCGCCUCUACCUGGGCAACCUUCCACGAACUGGUAUGCUGCGAACAAGCUAUGCUAGCUCACAAUUCAGCCCUGCCAGGCUUGACCGCCACGCCUUCACGACCGCUAACCUCACGGCCACAGUCACCAAAACCGACAUCGAGAACCACUUCAACAAACAUGGCACCGGUGAUAUCCUGGAGAUCAAGCUGAUGAACGGCUUUGGUUUCAUCGAAUACAAGGACGCCAUGGAUGCCCGCGACGUCGUGCCAGCUUUUCUCCAGUUUGCGCGUGGCGCUCGCAAUACCCGCGACGGCGGCAGCGGUGGCGGCAAUGGAAACACAUCUCAAGAACGCCCACCACCCCGGCCACGGCGCACCGCUCACCGGAUGGGUGUCACCGGCCUUCCCAACGACACCAGCUGGCAGGAUCUCAAAGACUUUGCUCGCCGAUCGGGACUGGACGUGGUUUACUCGGAGACCAGCCGGUCUGGUGACGGCUCCGUCGAAUUCGAAACGGCCCAGGAUCUCGCUACGGCUAUUGAGAAACUAAACAACACGGAGUUUAGGGACAAAGUUGUCACCUGCACAGCAAUUUAUCGCGACCGUGGUCGGUCUCGCUCACCACGGCGGCCGUACCCACCGCCUCGUGAUGACUAUGAUCGACGUGGUCCGCCGCCGCCUCGCGGCGGAUACAGCCCGCGCCGAGAUGGCCCGGGCUACCGCGACAACUACCGCGACCGUAGUCCCCGUCGCGACUACUAUGACGACCGCAUGCGCUACGCGUCACCGUCCCGCCGCCCUCCAAUGGAGGACUACCCGCCCCCACAGCGCCGCUACGACGACCCCUACCGCCGCGACUACCCGCCGCCGGACCCGUAUGCCAACCGUGGCCCUUACGAUCGCCCGCCGCCGCCCCGGGACUUUCCGCCCCGCGAUGCCGGUUAUCCGCGUGAUAAUGGGUACCCUCCACGCGAUUAUGACCGCCGUUACUGGUAA